GGUGGUGAGGAGGUGGUGAGAGGUGGUGAGGAGGUGAGGAGGAGGUGAGGAGAUGAGGGAGAGAAGAGGAGCAGGCGGCCACAGCGAGACGCAGCGAGGAGGAGGAGACAAAAUGAUCGCCGAGGGCUCCGCCAAGAUCCUGUGCCCGGUGUGCAGCUGGGUGCUGGUGAGCCCGUCGGCGCUGGAGGACCACAUGAGGCAGCACGGCAAGUCGGCCGUCUACCGCUGCCACACGGCCGACAAGCCGGGAGUCCUAGUCAGCCACCGGCGUGGAAACAAAAUUAUCUCCGAGGGCUCCGCCAAGAUCCUGUGCCCGGUGUGCAACUGGGUGCUGGUGAGCCCGUCGGCGCUGGAGGACCACAUGAAGCAGCACGUCAAGUCGGCCGUCUACCGCUGCGACGAUUGCCCCUACACGGCCGACAAGCCGAGCGUCCUGGUCGAGCACCGGCGCACGCACACCGGCGAGCGGCCGUACCGAUGCGGCGUGUGCGCCAAGGCGUUCCGCGUUCUCGGCUACCUGCGCAGCCACCAGCGCAUCCACACAGGCGAGAAGCCCUACAAGUGCGGCGUGUGCGGGCGGGCGUUCGCCGACAAGAGCACGCACAGGCGGCACAAGAAGACGCACGCGACGCCGAGCGACGCCGACACCGUAGCCGACACCGUAGCCGCCGACACCGUAACCGUCAAAACCGAAGAAGACUCGGAUGACGGCGUCGUAGGAUGAGCGGCAACCGACCGGAGCGGAGGGGUGGCUAGCGAGGGCGCGGAAUCGAGGGAUCGAGGGAUCGCCCUCGCACCCGGCUCGGCAUGCGUUGCGCCGAUUUUCCCUUUGCAACUCUCGGUUUAUCGCGUGAUUUGGCAGUAGCGCUCUGUGUGUGUGUGUGUCUCUGGUCGCUCCGGGUCAGUAGAGAUGUGCCAAUACGCGAGUCGGCGCCCGGCUAACGCCCCCAUGUGCCGAGCCAGCGAGGGAAUCGCGUGCUGAAGCCGUCGUUUGAUUCCGUCAUUUCUGUGGGACGAUCAACUGCGUGAACAUUUUUGCCCAUUGCGUCCACCCUUGGACUCUGGAAUUUUCUCCGUAAGAGAGCGUUGAUUACCACAAGUUGGCUAGAAGUCCCAUUUUGCUGUUCCAAGGGCCCGACCGAGCUGAGCUUUUUCUCCACAAAGUUGUUCGACUCUGAUCCGAGGUCUGUAGUUGCUUCGGCUCUUGCGAUGUCAUCUGCUGCCCUGUUAUCAGAGGUCGCAAACGGGUUUUGAUUCCUUACCCGUACCCGGCCGCACCAGGGUCGCAAACAGGUACCCGUACCCGACUGGGUACGAGUAGCCGUUCCCUACCCGUACGCUACCCGAAAUGAGUGACAAACGGUGACUCACCAGUGACUCACGGCGUACCCGGACCCGGCCGCACCAGGGUCACAAACGGCUGCCCGUACCCGACUGGGUACGAGUAGCCGUUCCCUACCCGUACCCUACCCGAAAUGAGUGACAAACGGUGACUCACCAGUGACUCACGGCGGAGCCGGACCCGGCCGCACCAGGGUCACAAACGGCUGCCCGUACCCGGCCGGGUACGGGUAGCCGGGUAUCGGGUAGGGUACAGG